UGACAAAUGUUUUGCUUUUGCCGUCAACGCGUUCACUAUUGGUUUUCGGUGGAAUUUGGUUCAUGUUUUAAGCAUAAAUUUCGAUCUCAAUAGUGUAGAAAAUAAUGCUGCAAUUUAUGCUACUGUUUAGCCGCCAAGGCAAAUUGCGGCUGCAGAAAUGGUACGUCGCGCACUCGGACAAGGUAAAGAAGAAGAUUACCCGGGAGCUGAUCACAACCAUCCUGUCCCGGAAGCCGAAGAUGUGCUCGUUCUUGGAAUGGAAAGACUGCACUAUCGUCUACAAAAGAUACGCCAGCCUGUACUUUUGCUGUGCGAUCGAACAAAACGAUAACGAGCUGCUAACCCUGGAGGUGAUUCACAGAUACGUGGAACUGUUGGAUAAAUACUUCGGGAGUGUUUGUGAGCUGGACAUAAUCUUCAAUUUCGAAAAGGCUUACUUCAUACUGGACGAGCUGCUCGUGGGAGGCGAGAUACAGGAAACGUCCAAAAAGAAUGUCCUCAAGGCGAUAGCUGCCCAAGACGUGUUACAAGAGGACGAAGCCGCGGACGGAGCCCUAAGAGAUAUUGGACUGCUCUGAGCACACGAUCCAGCGACGAACCUCCUCUGCCUCCCCCCGAAAUCCUAAUCCUUCUUUCCAACCAGAAUGGACCAAACACAAUAUCCCACAAUGCACCGCGUUAGGUAGACUAAUCCCGCUGAUUUGGACAGCAACCGUUGGGAGGGCCGUUAUGGCCCCCCGACAAUUGCGCCGUUGUACUAUUUCGUGAAGAAGCUGGCGAAGCUUAUUUAGUUGAUUCCUUUCCCGCCGGAGAUGGGUGUAGACUAGUGUACGUAAGGAACGUAAGUUCUACAAUAAAGUUACCGGAGAACUGUACGGUUCUCUUAUUGAUGCCAUACCGAUUCCGACCGAUUUGUUGCGCGGUCAGCUUUUUUUACAUUGUCCCGCGUAGAGCGAUUCAGCUUCCCCAUACUAACAGCCUAGUGUAAAGCUAUAGUAUCAGUGCCAAAAAGUAUUUCGCGUGCAACACGUGGAAAGACAGUCGAGCGGAAAGAAGGAUUCACCCGACUAUCGAUCUGUCCCUAGGGAGAAACGCCAUAACGCAAUCGUUUAGUAUCACGCGCUCUCUCUCUCUCUGUCUCUCUGUGUCUCUACGCAACUGUACCAUGGAUUUGGUUGGCCACUCGGUUUUAUCCCCGAUCCCCAUGAACUUUUCUUCUCAUCAACGCUCCGCUGCGCUGAUACGCGCUUUCUUCUGCUCCUUCGAGUUCUUUCUAAUCGCAACAAAUCAAAUCCAAGUCCCAAGCUAGCCCAAAACAAGCAACCGACAAGGACGAAACUCCGCAAGGAUUCUUCGAAGAUCAUGGCCUCGGAUAGGCGGCAGCCAGUGACGGCGGCACGGGACGAUGGCUUGCGGCUCAUUCCUAAUCGCUUUGGAAGGAUUUUGUUGCGAUUUUGAACCCAAGCUGUUUGAAAAGCAUCAUUUCUUUGGUUCGCUUUCGCUUCCUAAUUGUGUGCAGUAUUUGAAGCCAAUCGAAUUUAGAGUGCAUAUCAAUUUGCUAGGACGACAACAUUGGCACAGUGCCUUUUAUCUUAGGUUUUACUACUUUUUUGUUUGUUUCGGAAUUCGAUCACUAUUUAUCCUUUUCACUUACACACCAUCACUGGACAGCAGGACCGUCGGUGGAAACUGGAAAUGUGUUGCACCCCGAAUCCGACGCGCUUGUGGCUACUAGGGAAGCGUGCGUGAGAAACUCGUGUACGAAAUCCACUUUGUACUUAAUCUGUAAGAUAGUUCGCCAACAUUUCCAUCAGCCCGUACCGAUCGCCUUCCUUCGAGCAUGUUGCACUUCGGUGUCUUUACGUUUUUCUCGGAGCGAUUCGUACGGGCGUACUAUAUGGGUGUUUGAAUCACCUCAGCAUGAUCAAAGAAGCGACCUACAUCGACGUGUAGCAUUUAUUUAGUGUAAAGUAUCUUCACGAUAAAAGUGUUAGCUCGUAUUCCUGAUAAACUUAUUGAAAACUAACAAACGAAAUGAUUUCUAAU